AUGGGCAAAGGCACAGAUAAGCUGUACAUCACUCACAGCGAGUGGGCUUCCGACACUGCUUUCUCCGCUAGUGCUGGAUCUGGCGUGAACAAGGGCAGCGUGCCUGGCGCCUUCAAGCGACUUCCUUACAACUUCUGCGCCCUUUCGCUACAGCCCUUUGAGCACCCUGUCUGCACUGACAACGGAACCAUCUUCGAUCUCACAAACAUCCUUCCAUGGCUCAAGAAGCACGGCACAAAUCCUGUCGAUGGCGCCGCUCUCAAGUCUGCCGAUUUGAUCAAGCUCAACUUCGCAAAGAAUGACGACGCAGAAUAUGUCGACCCCGUCACAUACAAAGUCUUUACAGACAACACCCACAUUGUCGCCCUGAAGAACUCGGGAAAUGUUUUUGCCUGGGACACUGUCGAGCGUCUGAACAUCAAGGCUAAGAAUUGGAAGGAUUUGGUCAGCGAUCAAGACUUUAGCAGAAAGGACAUCAUCACUCUUCAGGAUCCGCAAAACAUCGAGGCAAGAGACUUGAGCUCGUUCAAAUACAUACAGGAAGGCGCAAGUACUCUGACACCAGAGCAAGAAGCCGAGAGAAGUGCCAGUGUCAACACAGGUGCUCUUGGGAAUGCUGCAAAGAUUCUCAAGGCUAAAGAGGCAGUCGCAAAAGCCAGAGCAGAGAGACAGAAUGGUGCACAAGGGAACUCGUUGCAGAGAGCCAUGGCAGAGGCAAAGAAGUCAAACACUGCUACUGGCGCAUCAAAACCCGUACCAUACAACGCUGCUCAGUACACGACAGGUAAAGCUGCUGCCUCUUUCACCAGUACUGGUAUUUCCGUUCAUACUGGCAACGAGCGCGCCUUGCUGUCAGACGAAGACUAUAUGUUGAAACCCAAGCGUGUCAAGCACAAAGGUUAUGCUCGCCUACAGACCAAUCAUGGCGAGGUCAACGUUGAGCUACAUACCGAUCUUGCUCCCAAGGCUGUCUGGAACUUCGUCCGCCUGGCACAGAAAGGCUACUAUAAGAAUAUUCCCUUCCACCGAAAUAUCCCCAACUUCAUGAUUCAAGGUGGUGAUCCAACAGGAACAGGUCGAGGUGGUCAGUCCAUCUGGGGCAAGAAUUUUGCGGACGAGACUGAGAACUCUCUGGUCCACGACUCACGCGGAAUCCUCUCCAUGGCCAACAAAGGCAAAGACACCAAUUCAUCACAAUUCUUCAUCACUUACCGAGCGGUGCCUCAUUUGAACAAGAAACACACAAUUUUCGGCAGAGUGGUCGGAGGUACUGACACACUAUCACGACUUGAAGCCGUCAAGACGGAUGAAGGCAACCGACCCAUCGAUGAUUGCAUUCUCGAAGACGUCGUUGUAUUUGUAGAUCCUUUCGAAGAGUUCCAGAAAGAGCGUGCUCAGAACGAAGACGCGCAAAAGCUGAAAGAAGAGAUUCAACGUCAAGGUGGUACGGAAGAUGACAAGACCACAUGGACUGGCAAGAGGAUUAGAGGUGAUGGCAAAGCUGAGGAUGCCGCACCUGCGAGUGUCGGAAAGUAUUUGAAGACUAACUCUGCGGCGCCGGUCGAAGAGGAUGAAAUCGUUGGCGAGUGGGAUGAGCCUGAGCCGCCAAAGAAAAAGGCAAAAUCUGGCGGAUUUGGCAAUUUCGACAGUUGGUAG